CUACACUUGGUUUGUUUUUAAACUGGCAAAUGCGUAAAAUUAAGGGUGCGGUCGUGGACAAAGAUUCUAGGGACACUAAAAAAAACCGUCGAAAGAAAGUGGAAUGAAUGUAGCGGUGUGAUUUUUCACCUUAAACACUUAACGAUCUAAAACAUGGCGGAACCAAACCAAAGACCUCAACGUAAGAUGUCCACCGCAGGAGACGGUCUAUACAAGGUCCUCGGACUGGAGAAGGGGGCGUCGCAAGACGAAAUAAAGAAGGCAUACAGGAAACUAGCACUGAGGCAUCACCCUGACAAGAACCCAGACAAUCCCGAGGCAGCUGAGAAGUUUAAGGAAAUCAACAAUGCCAACUCCAUCCUCAACGAUGAGACCAAGAGGAAGGUCUAUGACGAGUACGGCUCCAUGGGCCUCUAUGUCGCAGAGCAGUUUGGAGAGGAGAGUGUUAAAUACUACUUCCUCAUGCACAAGUGCUGGUUCAAGACCCUGAUGGUGUUCUGUGGAAUCUUCACCUGCUGCUGCUGCUGCUGUUUCUGCUGCUUCUGCUGUGGGAAGUGCAAGCCACCGGGGAACGAGGAGCACGCAUACGUAGACCCAGAGGACCUUGAGGCCCAGAUCAGAGCUGAGCAGGACAGGGGUGAUCAUCAACCCGUUGUAGUGCAACCUCAUUCUGCUGCUGUUGAGAAGGCAGAGUCCGACCACGACCAGUCUGCAUCCAACCACUCUGACCCUAUAUUCACCACAACGGACGAGUAAGAACCUGUUAGCGGGGCGUCUUCCCAUAGCCUGGUCCCAGAUCUGUUAGUGUUGUUUUGCUAACUCCUAUGGUCAUAGGGAUUUGGCAAGACUGCACAGACAUGGGACCAGUCUAGUCUUCCCAGUCUGCUACUGCCAACCAAGAUGGUCCACUCCACAUUAAAAUUCUGUGAUCAGUUUCUGGGGAUCAGUGGCAGGUGCUGAAAUGCUUACAGUCAACCCUCUGUACUAUAUGUGGCCAAAGCCAUGUACAGUUCCUUCAGAAAGUAUUCAUACCCCUUGACUUAUUCCACAUUUUGUGUUACAGCCUGACUUAUUCUUACCCAUGGACACACAAUAACUCAUAAUGACAAUGUGAAAACAUGUUUUUUGACAUUUUUGCUAAUUAAAUGUAUAAAUAUCUUAUUUACAUAAGUAUUCACAACCUGGAGUCAAUAGUUGUUAGAAUCACCUUUGGCAGCGAUUUUUAAAGCUGAGUAUUUCUGGGUAAGUCUAAUAGCUUUGCACAUAUGGAUUGUCCAAUAUUUGCAUAUUAUUCUUUAAAAAAUUAUUCCAGCUCUGUUAAGCUCAUUGCUAGACAUCCAUUUUCAUGUCUUGUCGUAGAUUUCCAAGCAGAUUUAGGACAAAACUGUAACUAGGUCACUCAGGAAAAUUCUAUAUCAUCUUGGUAAGAAAAUCUAGUGUAUAUUUGGCCUUGUGUUUUAGGUUAUUGUCCUGCUGACAGGUGAUUUUUGUCUCCGUGUCUGUUGGAAAGCAGACUGAACCAGGUUUUCCUCUUGGAUUUUACCUGUGCUCUAUUCCGUUUUUUUUGUUAUAUCAACCACUGCCUAGUUCUUGCCGAUGACAAGCAUACCCAUAACAUGAUGCAGCCACCACAAUGCUUGAAAAUAUGAGGAGUGGUAUUCAGUAAUGUGUUGUGUUGGAUUUGCUCCCAACAUAACACUUUCUAUUCAAGACAUUAAGUUAAUUUCCUUGCCACAGGUUUUACUUCAGUGCCUGUUUUGGAAUAUUCUGUACAGACUUUCUUCUUUUGACUUUGUCGGUUAGGUUAUUGUGGUGUAACUACAAUGUUGUUGAUUCAUCCUCAGUUUUCUCCUAUCACAGCCAUUAAAGUCUGUAACUGUUUUAAAGUUACCUUUGACCUCAUGGUGAAAUCCCCGAGCGGUAUCCUUCCUCUCCAGCA